AUGCCUAGAAAAUCCGCCAAGAGCGAAGCCAGCACGGCCUCGCCGGAUCCUGCGCCGGUCAAGUCGACCCCGGCCAAGGCCUCGUCCGCCUCCGCGAGGAGCACACCCGCAAAGAGCGUGACCAAGAAGGACAAGGACACGCCCGCAAAGACCGUCUCGGCCAAGAGCACGCCAGCCAGCAAGAGCACCAAGGCGGCCACCAAAGACAAGGACGCGACGGCCACGCCCGCGUCCGCCAAGCAGCGUCGCCAGAGCAAGCCCCGCGCGUCAUCGUCGGCGGCCGACAAGCAGGUUCAGCGCAGCAGCAGCAGCAGCAGCAGCAACAGCCUGCCGCGCAAGGCGCUCCUUGCCGACCUGCCGCCCGCCGGCAAGUUUGUCGCCGUGGAGGCGCUGACCUUUGCGCUCCUCUUUGCCGGCCGCUUCGCGCUCGCGACGGUGACCGGCGACGAGAUGGGCACGCUGCGCACCCAACCCGAGACCGCGAUGGAGCUGCUCCUUCUGGCGGGCUGGCGCGCGGCCGAGGUUGCGCUCGCCUGGGUCGCCAACCUCGACUUCAUCGACGUCGGCCUCGUCUCGUUUGUCGCGCACGCGCCCUCGUUCUGGCUCCUGGCCAUGUUCUACGGCAUCCGCCCCGCGACCGCCGUGGCCGGCACCCUCAUCGACGUCGCCGCGCCGGCCGCCGCCUUUGCCCUCGCCCGCCCGCUCGGCAGCCUCCGCUUCGCCGGGCCCAGGCUGUACAACAAGGACCUCGUCUCCGGGCCCUUCCAGGUGCUCAUCGCCGCCCUGUCCACCAACGUCUACGCGGCCGUCGUCUCGCUCUCGCUGCGCUUCCUCCUGCCCCGCGUCUUUGUCCUCUACUUCCAUGGCAUCCCCACCGUCGCGCCCGCGUACUCGGCCUCGUUCCUCGCGCUGCUGCCCACGGCCCUCUUCUUUGGCGUCGCGGCCAGCAAGUUCAUCUUUGCGCCGUACGUGACGACGGGCAAGAGCAAGGAGGACGAGAAGAUCCGCCAGUUUGACCCCGUCCAGGCCAGCCUCCGCGAGACGGUCUGGUGGAACUUUUGGGGCUACACGCUCCGCAGCCGCAUCGUCAUCACGCGCACCGCCAUCGUCACCGUCAUGACGGCCGUGAGCACCUACCUCGCCCUGGCCAUUGCGAUUGACGGCGUCAGCUGCCUUGGUGCUGCCACGUACGCGCUCGUCUGGGCUUCUGCUACCGCUGGUACCGGUCUUGCGCUGGGUCUUGUUGGCCAGGAGUAA